AUGAAUAAAUCGACAUGGAAAUGUAUACUGAGUGCCGGAUCGUCGAAAGUUUUUGGCUUCGGCUUGAAGAUGCUGGAGAUAAAUAUUUUCAGAAACGUGGAGCCGUCCGACACCGCGAUCAAUGAAGUAUUGUUCUAUGGAGCCGGGGACGGGGACGAGAAGCAGGUGAAGCAAAUAGCGCAGAACAAUCUGUAUUGUAUUCGGUUCAUAAUCGUAAACGCCAGUCAGACAGUAGAUGUAUGCGUGCCCAAUCUCAGCAGCGAGACCCUCGCCAAGUGUUUGGUGACAGUCCAUCAAAACAAUAAAGUGAAAAUCAGAAUUGCGAUACACAACAGCGACGAUGACGACUUGGAGAAUCUGCAGUUGUUUGCUAAGAAUGGUGUAGAAGUAAAGGUGCUGAGCCCCGAGGUGCGGCUGGAACACGAGUUCGUGCUGGUGGACGCGCGCGCGGCGGGCGAGGCGGUGGCGGCGCUGGGCGCGCUGGACCUGGAGCCCGACUGUCUCGCCAGCGACGCCACGCUGCUCACCUCCGAGCCCAGCGUGCUCACCGCGCUGCGCCGGGAGUUUGAACGAGUCUGGAACUCUGACUCCGAUGUGACACGUGUGCGCUGCGACUGA